AUGGAGGAGGGGCAGGAGGAUAGUUCUUCGUUUGUGAGCACGGUACCAGACGAAGACGAUGGCGUCACUUUGAGCAUAGAGAAAGUGGCCAAGAACAAGCGUAGGAUAAGUGCAUCGAUUUCUAUGGGCUGCAUACCACUAGAGACAGUCUGGGGCGUGUUAACUGACUACGAGGGGCUAGCGGACUUCAUUCCUGGCUUGGCUUCCAGCAAGGUUUUGGAAAGAAGAGAAAAUGGAGCUCAGCUUCUGCAGAUUGGUGAGCAGGAGUUGGCGUUGGGUGUGAAAUUCCGGGCCAAAGGAGUGAUAGAAGUGACUGAAUUGCCACUGGAACUCUUGGACAAUGGCUGCCGAAGAGAUAUUGGGUUUGAUAUGGUAGAAGGCGACUUUAAUCUGUUUCGUGGGAUCUGGCGCAUCGAACAGGUUUUUCUGGAAGAAAUUGUGGCUGCUGGGAUUCGAGCCCAGGUCUCCACGGCCACAACGUGGAAUUCUUACCACUAA